ACUUUAAGGACAUAAACUAGGAAGUGCAGCGUUUUUAUGGCGUCGACAAAGGUAGGCGAGGCUGUGUUUGCCCUUCUAUCAUUGAACAUUUACGAGCUAUAAAAUAUGUUAGCCUUUGUUGUAUUGUUCUUAUCAACAAAGACGAGACUACUCGUUAACGACUUCUGUGAAACUCCAUGUGAUUAUUGCAUUUUCGUUGUCGUAUGUUGCACCAAAGAUACUGGAGAUAAUGACGAGAUGCGUGUGUCUCCGCCCUAACAAUGGGGAUUCGUUGUCAACAGAGCACAACGGCGAGGUCCCCCCUAUUGCUUUCUUUAGAUAGGUGGAUACAUCUAGUUUUUUGAAUAUUCUUUGAGGAGUGUUAACGUCCAACGCCUAUAGACCGUCUUGAAUUUCAACAGGGACAGCUCUAGUAUAAAGUGAUUUUCUCAAAGUUGCCGGGAUGUCAGUGCAUCACACGUAUACCAGUACACUCGUAAUAACCUAAGCAUUACCAAACUUCUAUUAUAUCAAAUAAGCCGCACGUAUUACAAUAGCAUUUUUUUAAAAAUUAUCUUGACCUGCUUAACGUGGACAGAUUUUGGGCAGAGUACACCCUCUUGCAUUGCCUCUCCCCAUCUGGUUGCACUUGCAUUCAGUAGCAUCUAUGAAUCACACGAAUACAUAGGAUUGACGUCAAACGGAAGAACCAAGGACAGGAUGGUUCCAGGGGCUAUUCAUUAGCUGAUUCUGUUGCAAAACGUUUCUUUAACGGAAGCAAAAGGAACGAAACGGGGAGGGACCUAUCUGAAUUUGUCCAAUAGAAACUCGUGGUUGGACUAAUGACUACACCCCUGAUGUUCUGAGAUUCUAUCUGGUGUUUACAAAACAAUUUCUGCUGUGAGAUUAUGAUAUCCUGACUUGUUUAAAGGUGCUACUUGGUCAAUCUGAUGUUUGCAUUGGCCGUGCAGCAUUUACGGCGAUACGCCUCUGCAGAAGUCAGGGCAUUUAUACUUAUUGCACUUUGUCAAGCAGCGCAGAUCUGUUGUAAAGGCAGUUGCCAAGGAAUGAGUUUGUGUUUAUACAGGACCUCCCAACCCUACCUACCGUGACCCAAUCAUGUCAAUGCGGAGAAGCUAAAUGGAGCCAUCCACAUCGUUACAACAUUUGGGAGACGCCAUCCAUUUGCUUCACACCAUCCAUAUGGAGCAUCUGACCGCAUAAAUCGGCUUUUAGACAAAGCGAUUUUAACGAAUUCAAAUGAAGAAGCACUCCAGUCAACAAGAUGAAGAGCAAACCUGGGAAAAAGCAACACAACAAAACUAAGAUGUCUAAACAACAUCGAGACCCCAUCAAAACAGAUGAUUUUGACUGCAAUAGAGAAGAACCAGACAUUAGUCAAGCACCCUACAUUACUAAAGGGGUUUGCAUCAGCUCCAUCCAAAUCAAAGAGGAACCAACAGACUUUGAACAGCAGGUAAUGGGAGAGGAACAAAACCGUUCAGUUCCUUCCUUCCAGAAGAAGCACAUCAAACAUCAAAAUACAUCCAAUCCAAUGACCGGGUGUAGCCAGAUAUCAAGGAGUCCUAUGGUGAUGCUAACAAGAUUGUCUAAUGUGGUGGUUAAGACUCUUCUGCGAGACACUAAAGUGUGUUUGGUGAAGGAGGAAAACCCAGAUGAGCCCGAUGGCGUCUCUACUUCUCAGUUCUUUCCUUGUCCAAACUGCACCAUCUCCUUCACUGACUGUUACUUCCUGGAGAAUCACAUCAAGACCAAACACCCGAAGCAGUACCUGGCCAUGCUGAAAAGCCACGUCUCAAAGAGUAAAACCGUGUAUGCCCCCACACAAAGCUGUCCCCACUGUAGCUGCAUGUUCCAUACCUCACGGCAGCUACACGUCCACACCCGUCAGGCCCACCCCUCUGCCCCGCUAAGGAAACUCCACCCCUGCCCCUAUUGUGCCCGCAGCUUCCAGUACAUAGCCAGACUGCAUACUCACUGCAAGGUUUGGCACAAAAUGUCUGUCGCUUUCACCGAUGGGUACCUCAGUUGCGCUGACUGUGGAAAGAGCUUCAAGAAUUGCUGGGGACUGGGGCCUCACCAGUGUCACAAGCCUGAGGACACUAAGCUUGAGAAUGGCCCUGUCUGUCUGAACAUUGGCAUGCCAUGCUCAGAGUGUGGCAAAAGCUGCUCUAGUCCUCGGAAUCUGCGCAUUCACAUGCGCACACACACCGGCGAGAAGCCUUACGUCUGUAAGGAGUGUGGCAAGAGCUUCUCAGAAGCCAGCAGUCAUUGCAAACACAUGAUGAUACACUCGGGGGUCAAACCAUUCAAAUGCCAGGAUUGUGGAAAGGAUUUUGCCCGGAUGGGGCGCCUCCGAGUUCACAUGACUAUUCACUCUGGCGAGAAGUCUUUCUCCUGCUCCAAAUGUGACAAACGGUUUGCAUACAAGGACUGUCUGAAGCUUCACCUGCGCACACACUCAGGGGAGAGACCUUUCAAAUGUACUGUGUGUGGUAAAGACUUUGCUUACAGAAAUUAUCUGAAGUUGCAUCUGAAGAUCCACAGCAAUGAAAGGAACUACCAUUGUGGGGUUUGUGGGCUGAAGUUCAUCAACAGUGCAGCAUUGAAAACCCACCAGCGCACACACACUGGGGAGAGGCCUUUCCAUUGCACAGUGUGUGACAAGACAUUUUUCCGACAUGAACACCUGAAGAACCACCAGCGCACUCACACAGGUGAGAAACCAUACACCUGUACCGAGUGCGGUAAAAGCUUCACUCAGUCUGGAGAUCUGACCAAACACAAGCGCAUCCACACUGGGGAGAGGCCAUUUGAAUGUUCUGAAUGCCACCAACGGUUUAUCUGUUCUGCUGAUCUAACCAGACACAUGAGGAUCCACAAUAACUCACGGCCAUAUCCCUGCCAGGAGUGUGACAAGAGAUUCCGCUUGGCCAACCACCUUAAAAUUCACAUGAGGACCCACACUGGGGAGAGACCAUACUCCUGCCCCCGCUGCCAUCGCACCUUCGCUCGCACCCACCACCUCUCUGGUCACCUGCCUAGAUGUCACUGAAUGAUGAAAUUAGAAUGUAUAUAAAUAGUAUUUUACUCUUGUUGUAGUGAUUUAAUAAGGGAACUGUGAUGUACAGAAGAUGGUUUUGUGCCCGACUCUGUUGUGGUAAUGCCAAUAAAGGCCUCUAUAGUCUGUGAGAGAUGGCACACCU